AUGGGUUCCCUCAUAGAGGAAUUCCUGCGUCAAGAAUGCCCUGAAUUAUGGGUAUUUGAAUUUCGCGGGGGAACGACGCAUCGUCGUCGAAUUUUCAAGCGACAGUCCGGCUUCACCGGCUGCCGCCUCGCCGCCAUCUCCGGUCCUCUGCGCCAGUCAUCGAGUCGCCCUCUGCGACAAUCGAUACGCCCGUCGCGUCGACUUCCGCUGCCGCGAAAGAACCCAACGCGCCUUCCGCGCAAACCAUUUCGGCCCCCUUCCGCGCUGUCGUUCCCGACUCACAAUCGGACGGCGGCUCAGACAUGGAGGUCGAAACGACCCCCCGCUAACAACGCGAACGCCGACGGCUUCACCGUCGUCAAAUCGCGAAAAAAGGGCAAGAAACGCCCCGCUACCGACAGCGACCCCAAAAGCCAGGCCGCCCCGUCAAACCGUCCCACCGCGACGCCCGCCAAAAAGGCAGCCGCGUCUGCCCAGUCGGAACCGACAUUCGCCUCCGAAAUCAAGCCACCGCCGCCAAUAAUAAUACAAGAUAAGGCAAAGUGGCACCAGGUCGACAUCCGCACGCAGGGAUACCCUGUCCACGCCGUGCGACGUCUCAGGCACCCUCGCACCCGUGUCCCUAUGGACAUGGUCAUGGUGGAACUUGACCCUACCCCGGAAGGUAAGGCCAUUUUCAACCUUAAGAGGGUCUGUGGGCUCAGUGACUUAGUCAUCGAGCCCCCACGUAAAUCAGGUGUUGUGGCACAGUUCCACAACUGUCAACAUUUUGGCCACACGGCCAAUAACUGCUUCGCUCACCCAAGGUGCGUCAAAUGCACCGGUGACCACGGCACAACCGAGUGCACGAGGCCAAAAGAUUGCGCAGAUCCACCUGACUGCGUAAAUUGCCACACUACCGGCCAUCCGGCUAGUUACAGAGGCUGCGCUAAGGCCCCGAAAACUCCCGCAAGAAAAUCUCCCGCGAAGUCUACGUUGCCCAAACCCGCGCCCGUUAAAUACAUUCCCGCGCCCGUAGCCGUCAUUAACGCCUGGGCGAAACCCCAGGUGGCCGCGCAGGUAACCGCGCCGGUAAUCCCGGUCGCCUCACGACAGCUGCCCGCCUCUCAAACGGCGCCGCGGCCGCAGGUGCAGCCAAUUCCGUCAGUUUUCGCGGAAAACAAGGACGACCCCUUCGCGCAAAUAGCUAACAUCUGCAGCUUUUUAGAUAGAAUUAAUAGGCAGGAACUCGCCGUAUUGUCCGCUGAAAUAGCGGCCGCCACAUCUGGCCACGAGCGUCUUAGGGCAAUUAGCCAACACAAAACGCUUGUGGAAGCCCUUUGGGCUUUUACGAGCCAACCG